AUUUUCUUUUUUUUUGGACGAGCGAUAUAUAUUUGUAGCAACUGACAAGGUCUAGUUCUACAAGUAUGCGCUAUGGCGGAGUUCAUGGAACACCGGUCCGAGGGAAAAUGCACUUACGCACUCCCGCUUUCGCGGGGUGCCACACAUUUUCUGAUGGUUGCGAUCCGUGCAGGGUACAGGCGGACUUGGUGCGCGAAACAGGAAAUCAUUCCUUUAUACUAAAAGAGUCAAGACGCUCUGUAUCGGUGGCUUCAAAUAACAGACAAUGUCUCUCCCUAAGAACAUUACCGUGCUUAUUGUCGGCGCUGGCCCCGCAGGUCUCACAGCUGCUCUUUCUCUCGCCCACCACAGGUGCCAUGACUUCGUUAUCGUGGAUGCCGUAGUCGAAGGACAGAAUGUGUCGAGGGCGUUCGCCAUACACUCUGCGACUGUUGAAGCUUUAGCCAGCAUCGAUGCAGCAGAUGGCUUACUGUCUCGAGCCAUCAAGGGGAAGAGUGUCAGAAUCACAUCGCGUAGUUCACAGAUCUUUGAGGUCAAAUUCGACCCUCUAAAGAGACAUUCCGUCCACCCUUACGCGCUCUACAUCCCUCAAAAUGUGACGGAGCUUGUACUUGGGCAGAAGUUGCAGAGCCUCGGUGUUCAAGUGCACCGUCCACACAGGGUAGUAGGAAUGAAACAGAACGAGAAGGACUCUCGCAUCACCGACGUGUCCUUUGAGGACGGUCAAGUCAUCAGAGCUAGAUAUAUUAUCGGCGCGGAUGGCGCCCGCUCAAUUAUCCGUACCAUCGCCGGUAUAGGGUUCUCUGACCCAGAAGGCCCAAACCUAGCCAAUAACCCAUUGACUCAAAUGAUCUUUGCAGAUGUCACAUUCGAGCCUGAACCUGUCGAUCCACUAACCCUCGAGGGCCACCUUAACGCCACAGUUUUUUCAGGCAAUUUAUUUAUACUUCUACCGUUCGGCAACCGCUUCAAUGCGGCAUUGACACGAGAUGGAGAGCCCACUAUGAGAUCUGUCUUCCGUGUAGGUUGUGGCGUACCUUUAAAGAAUGGAGAGCCCCUCCAUACUCCACCGAAAGAGUACAUCCAGGACUUGAUCGACAAAUACGGGCCAGCGUGUAUAACAUCAGAUCCAUCUCUUAACCCAACACCUGUCAAAGUCGACCAGCUGGUCUGGUCGACACGUUUCAGAACCCAUUCUGCCAUCGCCGACCGCACCUUCACGCGUUUUGGAGCUGCUAUUUUUCUAGUAGGCGACGCAGCCCAUAUACAUUCACCUUUGGGCGGCCAGGGCAUGAACCUGGGCAUCAGGGACGCGAUCUUCCUGGCAGAGGUUAUCACAAAGCACAUUCAAGCGUCUGUAGAGAAUCCCGUUGUGGAUGAUAUCAUGUUGCAGGAAAUUGCGGACGUGCGUCAUGCGCGAGCGCUGGAAAUCAUCGGUUUUACCAAGACGCUUCUGAAUCUCGCAAGCUUUACCUACGAUUCAUACGCUUGGUGGAUGCCAUGUAGUAGGGCCUCCAUUCGCGAUCUGAUACUGAGGAUCUUGGGCAGAUUUGAUUACGUGCAGUCGAAGGUUGCAUGGAGCCUGAGUGGGCUUGGAAGGCGAUAAUCGGAUGGUUUGGUCACCGCAUUUUGUAUACGAUAAAUCACGACAUUUCAAAUUUCAAUUUCAAAGAUAGGAGAGACAUAGAAGUAUCAAAUAUUCUCAAGUGGUGCACUGGCUCCUGACCAUUUGGAGGGAGGUGCCGAACAGGUUGAUUGUGAUGAAGACAGUGAGCGCG